CUAAGUCGUGUUAUUUCUAAUAAGUAGGGACUACGCCAGUCAUUAAUUACACAUAGACGUGGGAAAACUCUGGUCGUGGAGUUUGACCAUGAGCAACAAGAUGGAAGCAUCCUAUCUUCUGGACCGGCCUCGUUUGUGUACACUGCGCAUGUGCGUGGUAAUCUCGACGCUAAUGCUGGCCAACGCGCUUAAAAUUGACAGUGCUUCCAAGCCAGCUUUAUCAGUGGGCGACAAAAAUAGAAGCCACCGAUUGACGCAAAUGGACGGCCGAUUCCAGGGCGAUUUAGGGGACCGGAUAUUUAACAAGGAUAGAAUGGUUAAGCCUCGAGCUGGUAGAGUAUUCGUGCACUCGGAAAAUCCUUGGUCUAAAACUGUUCACCGAAGUCGGCGAGAUGAAAAAUCCCUUCCGGAAAUCCUCGAGUCUACGCCGAAACAACCCGAGUCGGUGAAUUCAAAAAGUGGUAUCGGAGAUAAAAACGACGACGGCUCCACCACGCUCAGCAACACCAUACCACGUUACGUCAACAACCAAACAUUCCCCGUGACAACGAUUCGACCAACGCAGACGAACUCAGAACCGAACACUUUAGGGGGUCGGAGAUCGGUUGAGAGUAAUGAGAUUUUAGACUCAGGGGUCGGGCAAGACCAGGUUGGUGAAACGCCUGGCGGGGAAACUAAUCCCGCUGGGAGACAGGAUGCGAAGGAGACAGCAAAAGUUGAUACCCUGCCCGCUGCUGAAAAGACCGAGAAUGUGCCUAUAGAGGGAAGCGUUUCUCUGAAUAACGAAAGGGAAAACUCAAACAAAACUACUGAAAGCGAACAACCAGUCACAACAACAAAGAAAAACUCAAUGAAUGAGGAGACUCCGAUGCCUAAAGUCAAUAAUGAUAAGCCAACGUCUGAAGACAAAGGUGACACGCUAAUAUCUAGGGUCACUGGUGACACACUGAUAUCCAAAAUGAAUGGUGACACAUCCACGCCUGAAGAUAAUAUUGAUAACCAAAUGGCGAACGAUGAAGAAUACAAAAACCCAAACCCAGAAAAAUCUGACCCCCACACGCCCGACCGUGACAACCCAGCCGCGCCCCAGACUCUCCGCGCCCUUCCAAAAGAGAGGCUGCCCUUCUUCAUCGAUAAAGAAACCAAACCCGGCCACUCCGGGUCGCUGGGCAGCCCAGACUGGCUGGAACAGUGGAACGACACGACGCUGACUCUCGCCCUCUACAGCCAAGGGGACUCGGUCACUGCUUCCUGGGUGUUCGAGUCCAACAACACCCGCUUCACCGGCUUCGUCGUCACCUACCGCAUCAACAACCGCGAGCACUACGACUCGUCCAAGCUCGGCAAGUACGUCCGGUCCUUCACGCUCCACUCCCUCCACGAGGACGAGGACUACGUCAUCUGCGUCCACGCCAUGGUCAACACGACCUCCGUCAAGGACGCCUGCGAGCACUGGAACGAAACCUCCGUUAAAAUGGUCGUCGGCAUCAUGGCCGGCACCCUCUUCCUCAUCCCUUGCAUCAUCGUCGUCAUCUGGAUCCUCCACAAGGACAAGCAAGUCCGGAAAAAAUUGCACCAGGAGAAGAAGAAAAUUCUCGUCGCCGAAGAUGAAGAAAAAAUCCUGUACCUCAAAAAGGGGAACGGCGGCGCUUCCCAGCAUUGUAGGCACGACAAGAAACACAACUCUGAUUGCAAAUCUCACAAGAGAGGUAACUCUAAAACAAAUCACGGGGACUUCUGCAUGGACGAGUCCAGGAACCCGCUGAACGAGCAGGUGAAUUACAGCGAUAGCGAAACACUAGAAGAUGCUCAUCGCUGCACCAAGGGAAAAAAUCCCCCGGUCGUGCUUCAAGUAAAGAACGUUAACCAACCUAAUCAAAAAAUUAACCAAUCAGAACAACCGGAUCUAAAAGUAGCUUCUCAGUCCAGUACAAACACCCAGGGGAGGCAACCACAGACACAGUCGAUGGAUUUCUUCUCCUUGAAUGUACAGGACCUUGCUCAUAUAUCUUCCACUGCAACAGAGCAUUCCUUACCUAUAAACAACACGACUGUCGGCCCUGACAACCCAGCCCAACAGUAACCCACCAGCUGCUGGGGUGAUGGGAAAAAUUUUCCAUUACUGAACCAAGAUAGAACAGACAGUGGCUGAUGGUAACAAAUGAUAUUGCUGUGGGCCACAAUGGUAACAACUGAUAUGGCUAUGGGCCACAUUGGUAACAACUGAUAUUGCUGUGGGCCACAAUGGUAACAACUGAUAUUGCUGUGGGCCACAAUGGUAACAACUGAUACUGCUGUGGGCCACAAUGGUAACAACUGAUAUUGCUGUAGGCCACAAUGGUAACAACUGAUAUUGCUGUGUGCCACAAUGGUAACAACUGAUAUUGCUGUGGGCCACAAUGGUAACAACUGAUAUUGCUGUGGGCCACAAUGGUAAAAACUGAUAUCGCUGUGGGCCACAAUAGUAAUUGCUAAUAUGGCUAUGGGCCACAACUGUAGCAACUGAUAUGACAGUAAUAGCUGAUAUGGAUGUGGGCCACAGUCAUCAAUGUCAAAAACUUAUACAGCUGUGCUUACAUCUGUAGCUGAUAUGGCUUUGAGCCACAAUCAUCAACUGUAGCAGCUGUGUGCAUACCACCAAAAAAAAUAAAACAGAAGCAGUCAAGAUGGUUAACACCAAAAGAAAAUGACAAUUCCACACGCUAAAACUGUAAAACUGUCGCUAAAACUGUAAAACUGUCGGCCAGGCCUAUGUACCCUUCACAAUACAAAAACAUUUCAGGCUUGAGUCAUCCCCCACUUUAGAAAUAUGUUACAAUUUCAUGUUACUAGUUCAUGUUACAAGUUCAUGUUACUAUUUCAUGUUACAAGUUCAUGUUACAAGAUUCACAUUCCCACAUUGGUUCCAGUUCAAAACAUUUGUUUAUAUGACCUUUCAUUAAACUUGUCUUUUCAGUCUUGUGUUUAGUGGUUCAUGAGUCGAAUCUGGCGAGCAAAAUUUUGACCACUUCUAUUGCACCGAUUUCUUUCAAAUUUGGCACUUGGUUCAAGACCCACUGACAAUGCAAUUUGAUUGCAAAUUUGACUUAAUUAAAUGCUUAAUUGAUAUUUAAAGAAUUAAUAAGCUUCCUAUAUAAAGUACUAUUUUUUAUGCUAUUAUAAGCACAUUG